GGCGCGGACGCGCAGGCGCUCCCGGGGCUCGGACGAUUGGGAGGCGGGGCUACGCUUGCGUGUUGCGAGGCCCGGCGGUGGCGGCUGGCGGCGGCGGCUGUGAGGGGUUCCCGGAAGAUGGUGCUGAUUAAGGAAUUCCGUGUGGUUUUGCCGUGUUCUGUUCAAGAGUAUCAGGUUGGACAGCUUUACUCUGUUGCAGAAGCGAGUAAGAAUGAAACUGGUGGUGGAGAAGGAAUCGAAGUCCUGAAGAAUGAACCUUAUGAAAACGAUGGCGAGAAGGGACAGUACACACACAAAAUCUACCACCUGAAGAGCAAAGUUCCUGCAUUUGUGAGGAUGAUUGCUCCCGAGGGCUCCCUGGUGUUUCAUGAGAAAGCCUGGAAUGCCUACCCCUACUGCAGAACAAUUGUAACGAAUGAAUACAUGAAAGAUGACUUCUUCAUCAAAAUUGAAACAUGGCAUAAACCUGACUUGGGAACAUUAGAAAAUGUUCACGGUUUAGAUCCCAACACUUGGAAAACUGUUGAAAUUGUCCACAUAGACAUUGCAGAUCGAAGUCAAGUUGAACCAGCAGACUACAAAGCUGAUGAAGACCCUGCAUUAUUCCAUUCAGUCAAGACCAAGAGAGGACCCCUGGGACCUAACUGGAAGAAGGAGCUGGCAAACACCCCUGACUGUCCUAGGAUGUGUGCCUAUAAGCUGGUGACCAUCAAGUUCAAGUGGUGGGGGCUGCAGAGCAAAGUAGAGAACUUUAUCCAGAAGCAAGAAAAACGGAUAUUUACGAACUUACAUCGCCAGCUCUUUUGUUGGAUUGACAAGUGGAUUGACCUGACAAUGGAAGACAUUAGGCGAAUGGAGGAUGAGACUCAGAAAGAACUAGAAACAAUGCGUAAGAAGGGUUCCGUCCGAGGCACGUCGGCUGCUGAUGCCUAGAUGAGGCCCCUGUAGGUCAGAGACAUUAUCAGACUGUCUACGGAGUCAAGGCCAAGUGAGGGGGACCAGUGCGGCCUGUGAUGACUGAAGCCACCAGCGUCUCAGUGUUGGACGUUUCCAGUGUGUGUCUGACGAUUCGAGCACACGUGUGCACACACACGGACGGACACACACAGACACACACACACACAUAUUCUCACACACUUAUGCGUGUGUGAAUAUGUGUGUGGAUGUCUGUAGCUGUAUGUAAAGCACAUAUGGCUACAGGUCUAGAUACACACAUGAGUGUAUAUAUAUAUGUAUGUCCAUGCUAGAUACACACACGAGUGUAUAUAUAUGUAUGUACAUGCUAGAUGCACACAUGAGUGUAUAUAUAUGUAUGUACAUGUAAAGAUCGAAGGGAGCAGGGCGUUUUCUCCAAAGUACUGCACCUGCCUUCAACAAAAAUACUAAAGAAAAUAUUUUCAAUAUAUAUACCUGGAACAGAUAUUAAUAAUCAUCAACAUGAUGCCCUUGAUGGACAAACGGACUGCCCUGUGGUGCCCCGUGGUGCUGGCUGGCGUGCUUCGUGAAUGCCAGGUGUGGACCAGUGUGUACAGCCUAUGAUUAUGUUUCUGUUUUUUCAAGUCACCACAUACACACACUUAGUCUCAUUCCAUCAGCAACAACUCCUACAGAAAGAUUUCUUCAAAUUUUUAGAUACUCCAGUGACUCUGGAAUGUAAACUCUGGAUGUAUUUAUAACUAUUUAUUUCUGGGUGGCCACUAUCUUCCAGCCAAAUCCAACAUUAUCUGUCAAGUAAGGAGUCAAAGCUCUUUAUUGGUUUGCCCGAGGGUUGGGGAAGUCCUUUUUUAAAAAUUGCCACUUUUUAUUGGAUUUUUGUAUUUUGAAUUUCAAGUAUUUUUCUACAUCAAAUUUAGCAAAAAACAGUGAUGACGGUUUGUGAUUUAUAAUAAACACUAGACAAUAUUCAGACUCUGGCUAAGCAAACGGCGAUCAAGCAAUUAACCUGAGUGGUAUUGCAGGCUGUGUGGAGCACUUCUGUGGAGUUUUGUUUCUGAAAUGGCUUUUCUGGAAUUACAGCCUGGAGACUUUGUGGAUAGUCUGUAUUGUUCUCAGCUCACAGGGUGGGAGAGUGAUCACGUCCAGCUCUUUUUCUGUUGUGGUCCAGGCCAGGAGGAAAUGAAGAGCUAGGAACAGCUUGAGUGUGGCCCAGGUCUGUCGCCAUCCUGACGCCCAGCCAGACCUGAGCGUUGCUGCCGACUCUGCUUCCUCCUCAUUGCUCCUCCUCUUCCUCCUCCUCCUCUUCCUCCUCCUCCUCUUCCUCCUCCUCCUCUGCCUCUGUUUUUUCCUGUAAGAGAAAGGAGCAGUAGCUGGGUAGGAUUUUCUUUCCUUAUGACCUUUCUGUCUGAUGCUGUUUCCUCUUGUUAGCCCUGGGACCCUGACCAGAAUCACACUGCUGAAUCCUUCAGGUUACACACUGCCUUUUUAACCCCCAACCCAGAGCACAGCACCCUGCCAUCAGAGCACCCGAGUGACCCCUUUGUUGGCAGACUUGGCCUUCAUGUCCCCUCCGCCCUGCCCUGUGUCCCAUGGGAGCAAUGGCAGAGAUUCCCACUGCAUCGCACUGCCCGGUUACCCUCAGCAGCAAACCCUGGGUUCUAACCCCGGCACUGGAGAGCCCAACCGUCCCCAGUGGAACCAACUCAGACAUCCAUGUUUCCUUAGGAGCUUGGGCACAAAGGCAACGGACUCCUGUGUUGUUCUAACAGCUGUGGAGACUGAGGGACGUGUAUGAGCGUAAAGCACCUGCUUUACUUGCCAGUCUCCUGUGUAAAUUACAGUAAAACAAAGGAACUGAAACGGAAACAAAAUAAAUUUGAUCUCAAAAUUC